AUAAUGAAAGACCCUGGUUGGAUUCGAAACGUAUGGUCUUCAAACAUUAAUGCUCAAACCAUGAAUUACGUUGGACAGUUGGCGGGCCAGGUUUUUGUUACGGUGAAGGAACUCUACAAGGGCCUGAAUCCUGCCACGCUGUCUGGGUGCAUCGAUAUCAUUGUUGUUCGACAACCCAAUGGAAACCUUCAGUGCUCUCCUUUCCACGUCCGCUUUGGGAAGAUGGGGGUGCUGCGCUCCCGAGAGAAAGUGGUUGACAUAGAGAUCAAUGGGGAAUCUGUGGAUUUGCACAUGAAAUUGGGAGAUAAUGGCGAAGCAUUUUUUGUUCAGGAGACUGACAAUGACCAGGAAGUGAUCCCCAUGCACUUGGCCACCUCUCCUAUCUUGUCAGAAGGAGCCUUGCGGAUGGAAAGCCAGCUGAAAAGGAACUCUAUUGACCGAAUAAGAUGCCUAGACCUCAGCGUGUCACCCCAAGUGUCACCUCCCAAUGAGACAACUUCAGGUGGCUCUUUAGUAAAGAAGAGGAGAAAAAGGAGGAGAAAGUCCCAACUGGACAGCCUCAAAAGAGAUGACAACACCAACACGUCCGAAGAUGAAGACAUGUUUCCCAUAGAGAUGAGCUCUGAUGAGGAUAAAGACCCACUGGAUAGCAGUAGAACUCUUCCUAGUGAUAUACCUCCAUUUCAAGAUGACAUGACUAAGGAAAACCUUUCCCCAGCCAUGAGUUACCCUCAGUCAGCAUCCUACCCUAAUUCAGAUAGAGAGUGGUCCCCCAACCCAAGUAGCCUGGUAGAUGGCAAAAGGAACCUCCCUCUUCUUGCUGUUGCGCCCGAGGGUGGCCUUUCUAGUUCAUGCCCUCCACAGUCUUCCCACUUCCAUGCUUCGGAAAGUCCUUCAGGUUCCCGAUCUUCAACACCUAAAAGUGACUCAGAAUUGGUCAGUAAGUCCGUGGACAGGACAAUGCAGACGAAUAAUCCAGAAAUGCUUUGGCUUUGGGGAGAAUUACCACAAGCUGCAAAGUCUUCUCUCCACAAGAUGAAAGAGUCCAGCCCAUUGACCACUAGAAAAAUCCCUGAGAAAAUACACUUCCGGACCAUUCCGAGUGAAUCUUCAGAUACUUUUAGUGACGUCUCCCCGACUUUGGCUGGGGAUCCUCCUGAGCUGCCACUUUUAGAACAGAACAAGCCUCAGACUGAUAUGCAGUUUGACAAUGAAGAGGAUGUGGAGGCCUUGGGAGCAGCAGCCCCGCUUUUACCAACAAGUGAAGAACACAAAUCCCUUUCUGCCAAUAUAGCCCAGACAGCAAGCAAGACGGACUCUCCUUCUAGAAAAAAAGAUAAACGAAGCAGACAUCUUGGUGCUGAUGGUGUGUACUUGGAUGACCUCACAGAUAUGGAUCCAGAAGUGGCUGCCCUUUAUUUCCCCAAAAAUGGAGAUACUGCUGGGCUUGCCAAACAUGCCAAUGACAAUGGAGCCCGGUCAGCCAACCAGUCCCCACAGUCCGUGGGCAGUUCUGGCAUUGACAGUGGUGUGGAGAGCACUUCGGAUGGCCUGAGGGACCUGCCGUCCAUUGCCAUCUCCCUUUGUGGGGGCCUCAAUGACAACAGGGAAAUAACUAAAGAUGCAUUUUUGGAGCAAGUGGUAUCAUAUCAGCAGUUUGUAGACAAUCCUGCUAUCAUCGAUGACCCAAAUCUUGUGGUAAAGAUUGGGAAUAAAUAUUAUAAUUGGACAACAGCAGCACCACUACUCCUGGCAAUGCAGGCCUUCCAGAAACCUUUGCCAAAGGCCACUGUGGAAUCUAUCAUGAGGGAUAAGAUGCCUAAAAAGGGAGGAAGAUGGUGGUUUUCAUGGAGGGGAAGAAAUACCACAAUCAAAGAGGAAAGUAAGCCAGAGCAAUGCUUGGCUACAAAGGGCCACAAUACUGGAGAGCAGCCGUCACAGCUUAGCAUGGCCACCAGAAUAAAGCAUGAAUCAUCCUCCAGUGAUGAAGAGCAUGCAGCUGCCAAGCCAUCAAAUGCAAGCCACCUCCCUCUUUUGUCUAAUGUCGGCUACAAAAAGACUCUCCGGCUCACUUCAGAGCAGCUGAAAAGCUUGAAGUUGAAGAACGGCCCGAACGAUGUGGUUUUCAGUGUGACCACACAGUAUCAAGGCACGUGUCGCUGUGAAGGCACCAUCUACUUGUGGAACUGGGAUGAUAAAGUGGUCAUUUCUGAUAUUGACGGGACAAUCACUCGGUCAGAUACUCUUGGCCACAUUUUGCCCACUCUUGGGAAGGAUUGGACCCACCAGGGAAUUGCUAAGCUGUACCAUAAAGUGAGCCAAAAUGGAUAUAAGUUUCUCUACUGCUCUGCACGUGCUAUCGGAAUGGCAGACAUGACCAGGGGAUAUUUGCACUGGGUUAAUGAGAGGGGCACGGUGUUACCUCAAGGACCUCUGUUGCUGAGCCCAAGCAGUCUCUUCUCUGCCUUGCACAGAGAAGUGAUUGAAAAGAAGCCAGAAAAGUUUAAAGUCCAGUGUUUGACAGAUAUCAAGAACCUGUUUUUCCCAAACACAGAACCCUUUUAUGCUGCUUUUGGAAACCGACCGGCUGACGUAUAUUCAUACAAGCAAGUAGGUGUAUCUUUAAAUAGAAUAUUCACCGUCAAUCCCAAAGGAGAACUAGUACAGGAACAUGCAAAGACCAACAUCUCAUCGUAUGUGAGACUUUGUGAAGUGGUUGACCAUGUCUUCCCAUUACUGAAAAGAAGCCAUUCUUCAGAUUUUCCCUGUUCAGAUACAUUCAGUAAUUUCACCUUUUGGAGAGAACCGCCACCACCUUUCGAAAACCAGGAUGUUCAUUCUGCUUCAGCCUAAAAUGUACCAAGCAAUCUCUUGACAAGAGUGCAGAAGACUGGGCCUCACACAUUAAAGGAUAGGUUU